GAGGAAGGGAACCACAGCAGAGCGAGAAAAAGCCCUGAUUGUGCUGCAGGCAGCAGAAAGGUGAACACAGAGGAGGACUAGAAGAAAGAGAGGAAGCAGAGGGAGGAGGAAGACAAGGUGAAGCCGGGAUCAUGUGUCUGACGGGGAAGGUGGCUCUGGUGACCGGAGGGGCUCAGGGCAUCGGCAGGGCAGCGGUCCAUUCGCUGCUGCAGAGCUCAGCUAAGGUGGCCGUGGUGGACAUGAACAAGACCUCCGGCGAGGAGUGCGAAACACAGCUGGCUGCUGAGUUCGGAGAGGGGCACUGUAUCUUCAUCCAGUGUGACGUGUCCAACAGUGUUACACUGACAGGCGCCUUCCAGAGGACCGUGGACCAGUUUGGCCGUCUGGACAUCGUCAUCAACAAUGCUGGCAUCAAUAAUGAGAAGAACUGGGAGAAAACCAUACAAGUCAACCUGACUUCUGUGAUAAAGGGAACCUACUUGGCACUGGAGCACAUGAGUAAAGAGUACAACAAAGAAGGAGGCACCAUCAUUAACGUAUCAUCUAUGGCAGCCUUCCUGCAUUCCCCUCAUCAGCCCGUCUACACCGCCACAAAACAUGGCGUCAUCGGCUUCACCAGAGCGAUGGCGGAUGCAUCAGUUCAGGGCGACUACGGCGUCCGGAUCAACGCUCUGUGUCCGGCCUUCGUGGAUACGCCGCUGCUGCACUCUGUGGAGCAUGAAGACAACAUGGGAAAGUUCGUCAAGUUCAAGGAUGACUUCAAACGAAGUAUGAGCAAGUUUGGAGUUUUACAGCCGUCGCUGAUAGCCGAGGGCAUGAUGAGGCUGAUCACGGACAGCAGUCUGAACGGAGCUGUGAUGAAGAUUACCUGCUCCAAGGGAAUCCACUUCCACACCUAUGAGCCCAUGUCUGCCUGAGCUGCUGGAGUCCGGAGACCAGGUCACCAGGAAGUCGGCUCAGAACUGAAUCUGAGCAACUUUUUUUCUGUUUAAAAUGAAUCAUUGUUUGUUUCAUGUCUUCAGUUUCAGCACCUGCAGGUUUCUGAGUGAUGAUGGGCCUCGCUCGCCAACAUCUUCUUAAAUCUGGCCUUUUUAUACGAGUUUUAUACGAAAACCCUCCAUCAGAUUCACAAACAUGUUCGUUGACCAUGAAAUUAUUUGUAUCGAGGAGGGAAACUGACAGAAUGCCAAAAGGAUGAAUGAAAACAAAACGGAAUAAUAAAGAUUAUGCUGGGAAGCCUGAUUUUCCUCAUCACAGCUUGGUCUUAAACCAAAACUUAAAAAUCAUGUCUAGAUAUGAACCCCGAACAUGAGAACAGCUGAACUUCUGCUGAAGGAGACAUCAUCUGACAGGUUCACGAUGGCAGCUUUUCCAUCCACACUGACUCGGCUCCGCCCCUGCAGCUCAGGGAAAUAUGUCAGAAAGCAACAUGCUAACACGCGUGUGGGUGAUCUGUUCAACCUCAGCUGACUGUGACGCUGGAAUAAAUUAGUUCAUUUAUCAGAUCGAUGCUGCGUCAUGAAGACUGAAAUCCACCUGAACCAGGACAACAUGUCCACCCUUUGACAGAUCUCAUUCAGAGCCUUAAAGUGCUGAUAAUAAAACUCAUAAAGAGUUUAAUUUAUGUUUUGGAUGUUUUUGUUCACUCAUUUUAUCCAAAGAUUAUAAAGAUUUAUAUUUCUGUGGAAGUGAUUUAUUGGACAAAUGUCACAUUCUGUUUUAUAUGAAACAAAAUGUGGAUUUGUGUUUCAUACUAAUAAAUAAAAGAUAUAUUUAAAAAACU